AUGAGUGCUUCAUUAAAAUUAGGAUUUUCGUUCAUUUUAAUGACUUUAGUAAAUGCUGAAUUAAGUUCGCGAAUAGUAAAAACUAAUCAUGGGGAUCUCUCCGGCGUUAUUGUUUCCCUCGGACGUAACUUGGAAAGUGUUGAAGUCUUUCGGGGUAUUCCUUACGCAUCACCACCAAUCGGUUCUCUUCGUUUUAUGCCUCCUGUCAGUGGUGCUAUUUGGCAUGGUGUAAAAGUAGCAGAAGAAUUUGGACCUGUGUGCCCACAAAAGCUUCCAUCUCUAACAGACGAAAUUCCUAAAGGCAGAGUGGAUUAUCUCAGAAGACUUCUUCCAUAUUUCAGAAAUCAAAGCGAGGAUUGCCUUUACUUAAAUGUCUAUGCACCAGUUCAAGCUGGAACAAGAGAUAUUGCUAGCAAAAGAUAUCCUGUAAUUGUAUUUAUUCAUGGAGAAAGUUAUGAAUGGAGCAGCGGUAAUCCAUAUGAUGGGAGUGUGCUAGCUAGCUAUGGCAGUGUUGUGGUUGUCACCAUAAACUACAGAUUAGGAAUUCUUGGAUUUCUGAAUGUUAAUAUCGGUUCAGAUUUGCGCUCUCCAGCGAAUUACGGACUCAUGGAUCAAAUUGCAGCGUUACACUGGGUACAUGAGAACAUAGUUUACUUUGGGGGUGAUCCUGGGAAUGUAACCCUAGUAGGACAUGGAACUGGAGCAGCUUGUGUUAACUUUCUUAUGACCAGCCAAGCUGUACCUGAAGGUUUAUUGUUUCAUCGAAGUGUUCUAAUGUCAGGAAGUGCAUUAUCACCAUGGGCGUUAAUACGAGGAGCUGCUAGAUAUGCCAUGCAUAUUUCCAAGCACCUAAACUGUUCCGAGAUUGACACGAAUUCUCAGGUACUUCUUCAGUGUCUGAGGGAUACUCCAUUGGAUGCACUUCUUUCUGUACCAAUACCAGAACUAAAGUUCGCCCCAGCUUUUGGACCCAGUAUAGAUGGUGUAGCCAUCAAAUCUGAAGAUUUAAAAGAACAAAGUUCGAAUUUUGAAGUCGAUACAGUAAAUACUUUAUAUAGCAUUUUAUUGAGAAAAGACGUGAUCACAAAACUGUCCAGAUAUGAUCUCAUGGUAGGCGUGGUACGAACUGAAGCUUACUUUUCACUUACUGCCGAUGAUGCUCAAUACGGCAUUGAGGCAGAUAGGAGAAUUAAAAUGUUACGCGAGUUUGUUCACAAUACGUACACGUACCAUCAGUCUGAAAUAUUAGCAACAAUUAUCAAUGAAUAUACGGAUUGGGAAAAACCAGUGCAACAUCCUGUCAAUAUUAGAGACGAAACUUUAGAGGCUUUGGGUGAUGCCAACAUUGUAGCGCCAACAACAAGGACCGUUGAUCUACAUAGUCAAUCACACAGAAAUUCCUACCUUUACGUGUUCGAUUACCAAACGAAAUUUGGAGAUUACCCGCAGAGGCAAGGUUGCAUUCACGGUGAAGAGUUACCAUACUUUUUUGGAGCACCGUUAAUCGGAGGACUGGCCCAUUGGCCAAGAAAUUACACCAGAGCUGAAGCUGCCCUAUCUGAAAGCGUUAUUUUGUAUUUCACCAAUUUCGUACGAACUGGAAAUCCUAAUGAGGGGAUAAUAGAUUUCGGCCCACUUAAUUCCAGACCUGACCGUGCAAAAUUGAAAAAUAUUGAUUGGACAGCUUAUGAAGUUGUCCAUAAGAAAUAUCUAAGCAUAGACAUAAAAUCAAAAUUAAAAAACCAUUACCGAGCACAUCGUUUAUCCUUUUGGCUAAAUUUGGUACCCGAUCUUCACAAACCUGGUUCAGAUGACGUACCUAAGUCGCAUCAUUUACUAGACAUGGAUAAGAUAUCACCUAAACUUGUUCAGAAAAUGCCGAUAAACUUAACGCUGACCAGUUUGGAACUUACGCCAGAGAAAAAUCAGAAUGCAUCCACUGCCAUACCAAGCGAGUCAGCUUCCGGCGAAACUGCUGCUCAACCUGAAGACGGAUUUGCUGCAUAUUCUACUGCAUUAAGUGUUACAAUAGCCAUUGGCUGCAGUUUGCUAAUUUUAAAUGUUCUUAUUUUCGCCGGUGUUUACUACCAGCGGGACAAACAUAUUUAUCAUACUGACUCGAACAAAUUCCAAAAUAAUGGACAAAUGCCAAAUAAUAUAUGCGGAGAGAUCGAAAAAAAAAUACAGGACAGGAAUUUCGGGAAACAUGUGGCUCCACAUGAACUCGCAAGUUUACAAAACAAUUCCUGUAACGUUCCAGUACCGCCUCCUCCACCAAAGAAUAUAAGACCAAACAAAUCUAUUCAGAACUUAAUUAUUAGUCCAAUUCAUCUACAACAAGAGGGCGUGAUAUUAUCUACCAAAACUACAAGGAGAAAGGAUGCUCAUACUUAUCAAAAAGUUUUGGAAGAAUUAAGAGUUUAAUUUAUAAGAAUUUUCACAUUCAUAGUAGUAUAAUAAAUAUUGAGUAUCUGCGUUAUAACAUAUUUUGUGACGUGAUUUGAUACGAGUGUAGAUUAGUUUUUUUAACCUCAUAUACAGAUGUGUCGUUUUUAUUAUAACUUAUAAAGCACAAGGAUGAAGAUGUGAUUUAGAUAAUAAUUAAACGAUUGUACAAUACACAGUAAAUUAUAUGAAUGUUAAUUAGGGUGGUCCAAAAGAGACAUUUUCGAAUUUUUUUAAUUAGACUGACAAAUAUCGUAGACUACAAGAAAAUAGAAAGUGCCUAUUUCUUUCGAAAAAAGUUAAUUAAUAGGACUACCCAUUUCACUUUUUGCUCUUAUG